AUGUGCGUGACACACAUCUAUACUGAUUGCUACCCCAAGCGAACAGUCGAGUUUCAUCAAACAAUUGUUUGUCCUAACGCAAAAGAUGGAGUCUCUUGCCCAGCCCACAUUACCAACGAACAUCCUCCUCGUACUCUCCAAUCCAAUGAUGCACGUUCUAGCAAAGAGUAUAUCGAUCAAGGACUUAAAGUACCUGCUAGCUCCAAAACUUCACCACUUGGCUCCACAACUACAACUACAUAUCGUUACUCUCAAGGUGACAAGAAAGACAAAUCUCCCGGUCGAGAACCUCGUCUUCGUCUCGUGAGGAAGAGGAGUGCUUUAGUGACAGCUCUCACACCACGUCGCAAACAUCCUAAAGAGCGCAUCGUGAUUGUGGAUGCACCAGAUAGUCCUGAAGGUUCAAGGGGUCUUCAACAAUAUGCUCCAAAUUCUCCCGCUACAGAAGAGUUUCAUUCAAAUAAUCUUCUCAUAGAUGAUCGUCUCCAUCGUCAAGAAUCAUCUAGUCCAAGACGUAGCCCCAGCCGAAGCCUCAAUCCUGUGCGUACGGUUGUAGUGGAACAGCAUCAUCACGAAAGGAGAGAGCAUAGCAAAGAGAGAGAGAGACCAUUACAACAACUUCCGAUAAUUUUAGCACCUGAACCACCUUCACGCUCACCAAGUCGUGAGAAGGGAUUGGUUGAUAUGCGUAUUCGUCGCGAAGAAGAGGAGAGGGAAAAAGAUCGGCAAAGAGAGUAUGAGAGGGAACAGGAGAAAAGUUUUGAGUUGGUCCAUGAAGCGAGGAGAGAACAGGAAAGGAAGAAGGAAGAAUUGAGGAAGGUAGCGGAGGAAGUUGAGAGGGAGAGGAUUAAGAAGGAAAAGAGUGAGGAUGAUCGGAGGAGGGAUGCGGAGUAUAAGAAGUUUAUAGGGGACAGGGAUCGAGAGAGGGAAUUGGAGAGGGAAAAAGAUGUUGAGGAGAAGAGGGUGAGGGAUAGAGAGGAGGAAAUAUUGAGGGAGAGGGAGAGAGCUAGAUCGUCAGAGCAGAAACGAGAAGAUGAAGUUGCGAGGGAGAGGGAAAGACGCAAGCGAGAGGAGGAAACCAGGAGAGCGGACGAUCAUGAAGUGAAGCGAAGAGAUGAAAAACAUAGGCGCGAAAAAGAAAGAGAAAGAGAAAUAGAGGCAAAAGAGCGCGAAGAAAGAAUGCGCAAAGCAGAGAGAUCUGAACGCAAAGCAGCGGAUGAUGCGAGGAAAUUAGCGGAACAAGUCAAAUCUUUCGCGAGGGAAGAUGAGGAAAUCAGAAGGAGGGCUCCGGUUGUUUCGAGAGAAAGAGAUAAUAAUAUAGAGGAGAGGUGGAAGAAGGGUGAUGAGGAUAUGUAUGCUAGAUUGAGGGAAAGACAAGUGAGGGAUGAGGGACAUGUAGGGUUAGGGAGAGGAGCGAGUUUUUUGGGGAGGGGGGAGGGCGAUAGAGAUGUGGGGGUUUUGGAUAGAUUGAAGGAGAGGCAGAAGGGGCUUGAGGAGGGGUUUGCGCCGAAGAGGAGGACGACUGUUGGGGGUGGGGGUGGGAGUGGGGAGAGGAGGAGGGGGGAGGAGAGGAUUGUUUGGGAUGAGGGGGUGGGAGGGAGAGGGGGGAGAUGGUGA